UUGAAUUUCUGUAUUGUGUGGGAAGUAUUAUGGUUUAAUGUACUAGGUCUGUAUGAAUAAUUGUCAUUCAAUAUCAACAGAUUCUGUAAGGAAGCUUCGUCCUGUGUUUGAGCAUAUGAAAAUGUUAAUUCAUAAUCAAAGGAGCCUGUUAAAGGUCUUAUUAUUUGUAUUAAUUGGAAACAUGUUCCUUUUUUUUCAGGUAAACUUUAUGUUCCAAAUUAUGGUGACCAGGAUUUUUGUAAUAUACAUAUUUAUCUUUUUACUAAGCUGGAUGUCUGUCCAAUCACUGAACAGAUGUCAGUUAACUAAUAUCACAAUUUCAGUGGAGAAGGAAGAAUGUGGGUACUGUGGCAUGGUCAAUGCAACUUGGUGCGCUGGUUACUGCUUCACUAAGGAUCCAGUCAGCAAGAAUUCUUUGGCGUCCAUCUAUCAAGAUAUUUGCAGCUACAAAGAAAUUAUCUAUGAAACAAUAACCAUUCCAAACUGCCCUGCCAAUGUUGACCCUUACUACACAUACCCUGUUGCUAUAAGCUGUCAAUGUGGAAUGUGUAACACUGAAACCACUGAUUGUACAGUUUCAGCUCUGGAACCGACACACUGCUCCUUGACACCAUAAAGGGCAAAUCACAUUAAUAGAGCAGCGACAACAUCCUUUCCAUUCAGUGGGUUCACAGAAAAGGCACUUGAUGCACUGUCCUGGUAUUCUAACCCAAUCUGGGAACAAUAACAACUAUAUUAAUCAAUGUAGAAAAAACUUAAUAUUGAGUAGUUCUGAAAAUGUUUCUUUUAAUUUAUGUGCUUGCUAAUUGUAAGACGUGUAUAAGUUAUGUGUUGCCUUAUUUUAGUACAUUUUUAUGAAGUUUAAUGAAAGGAAUGAACCAUUGACAAAAGUUUUAAAGCAACAUGUUUCUGGCUGUAAGUAGCAAUUCUCUGUUUUGACAUACAUGCUGGUUUUGUAUGAUCUGUUCAAAAAACUAUAAUGUAAUUUAUAUGGACCCACAAAUAAAGA